AUGAGAUAAAAAUAUCCCGAAUUCAUCAAGAUCCAUUUAAUAGUCUUCCUUAGACUCUAUCUAUGUUAUGAUGUAGUUAUAUUCCUCAUAGAGAUUCUAGAUGGUUGGCAUGAAUUUGAAUAGUUCUAAUAAUUUUAAGAUGGUCAAAUCAUUUUACUCUAAGUGAUAUUAUUGGGCAAAUUGUCUAAAGCAUUUUCCUAAAUAGGUUACAUCACUGGUUUGUGCUUCUCAAAUAUUGUUCCGAUAGAUUACCCCCCAAAAGAAGGUCAAACAUUGUUGCCUAAGUCGUCCAGUCUAGACUUCCUUCUAGUCGCUCCUAAACUUUAUCUCUAUGAAUUGGAAAAUGUAGAGUUUUUGCUUUGA